AACUCUUCUUAAAAAGACAAAAGUAUGAACUAAUUUUUUAUUGUCAAAUAAAUAUGAAAACGCGUAGUAAAAAACAAAACUUUGAUAGUAAAAUUGAACGAAAAUUCGACCUUUCGAAAUUUCGACCACGGCGAAUUCCUAAACAGGUUUUAGCCCGAACUCUUGAAAUUGUUAAUGAUCCAAAUGAUGAGUUUUGGUUAAACAAAAACGCAUCAUGUGCGCCACCAAUUACAGAAAUAUUUAAAAGCGGCGUGAAGCAUUCGGAUACCUACAAAAAAUUGGACUUGGCCCGAAAAUGUUUGUUGACACGAGACUGGGAAAACUUGGCCAAGUUGUUAACAUCAAAUUUGGUGGGCGACACACUUCUUCAGAAAGCUGCAUAUCCAGUAUUUUCGGAAUACGCUUCCAUUCUUUUAACAUUGAAGGAUCCCGAACUUUUACAGAAACUACAAGCGACAAUGGCACCAUCUGCUGCACAUAGUAAUAAUAAUGGCAACAAAAGUAUAAGAACGGAACCCAAUCCCCCAAAGAAUGUUUAAAAAUAAGAAUAUAACUUAUAGAAUAGAUUUUGAGUAUCUUAAAUUACCACUUCUGAAGGAAAAACAGCAUUAUGCACUGUUUAGAUACAUGUAAGCAGGCAGCCGUUUUUUAGUUUUCUUUAAAAAUAAGCCAUUUUAGAACAAUUAUAUUAUAAGAAAAUACUACAUAAACAUAUUGACAUGAACAAUUUCACCGAUGUUAAACUAAAUUUUAUCUUAAUUGUUAACCUGAAUUUUAUUCUAUUAUAUACAUUUGAUCAGUGACAUUAAUCUGACAGUUCCGUGGGCAACUUCAAAUUUUAUCAUUUGUAUAAUCAAUAAUAAUCAUUCCCAGUUAACAUAUUUUUCAAAUUGAUUUCUCCCAGAUCAGUUCUUCUGCAUUUUCGCUUCUGUUAUCCAUUUUAUGGUACGCAGUCCGAGAAUGCCUCUCAACAGUUUUCAUAGCCAAGAAGCCGUCUGGACAAAUCAAGAUUACAUACCCAAACAUAAAUAUUUAUAUACAUUAUGUCAGGGUCAGACUAUCCUCACCCAAUGUCGGUCACAACCCGUAAUAAACAAAGUAAAUGACAACAUUA